UGGUUGGUAUCAAAGGGUCACAUUAUGGCAACAUCCCGUCUCAUUGGAAAAGGGUGCCUGAAGACGUGAACCAGCAAAUAGAACAUAAUUAUAAUGGCGUCAACGUUCAUUACUUCAGAUCUGGCACUCAAUCGCGGAUUACAAUUGACGGUAAAAUACUUCUAAAACACGUUUUUGACGGAAUGAGAUAGGAAUAUAUAUUGUGUUUUUUCUUGCUCGAACUUUCAGUGUAGUGAAUGGUUAUCUGUUGGUAAAAUUCUGAUCAUGAAUUUAUUCUUAGGUCCAGUGAAUCCAGUAAAAGACGGCAGUACUCAGUAUAAUUUAUGCAUUGUUGCCGCAAAGGGGGAACAAGGUUCUUAUGGACUUGCCAAUAUUAAAUUUUCGUACACAGCUCACAAAGAAGACGCAUCAGUUAAUGUGGUGGCAACUAAAUAUGAUGCACAGUAAGUUAUGCAUAUCUGCACAAAUUAGUCUCAUUGUCCAUUUUUCUUACUGCUGUUGGUUUUUGUUCUGGUGGUACAUUAAUUCAGUGUUGUUCAAGUUACUGUUGUUGUUGUUGUUGUUGUUGUUGUUGUUGUUGUUGUUGUUGUUGUUGUUGUUGUUGUUGUCGUUGUUGUUGUUGUUGUCGUUGUUGUUGUCGUCGUCGUCGUCGUCGUCGUCGUCGUCGUCGUCAAUGUCGUUGCUGUUGUUUUUGUUGUUGUUGUUGUUGCUGCUGCUACUGAUGUUGUUGUCAUUGUUGUCACUGACGUUGCUGUUGCUUUGUUGUUGCUGUUGUUGUUGUUGCUGCUGCUGGUGUUGUUGUUGUCCCUGUUGUGGUGGCUACUGUUGUUAUUAUUGUUUUCGUUUUGAUGUAGUGCGGUGAGCUUCCGAAGCUUUGAACCAGGGCACGAUGCUGUGUUUAUUUGAUAUUUAUAAGUAUUUUAGGUUGGCCGCUACUGUUAUAUAUUUUCAUUUUGUUUACAGAAUCCAAAGUUAUGAUGUGAAUGCGUGGAAACAACAACAGGUGAAAUUGAAGGCACAAGACGGUACGCACUUAAGUGGACAAGGACAUUUUUAAUUUAACACAUUGAGUGGCAGCACUCUCCCCCUGACGAGUAAAAUCGUCUGGCGUUAAACAGAAUAAAAUGAUAAAGUGACGAGAUAAUAGGAUAAUUAUAAAAUAACAGCUUUAGUGCUAGACCAUUAAUUAAGUUAGUUCCGUAAUUUAGUUGCGGUAUAGCUCACUUGUCGAAGAAUUCCUGACAUCUCCAAAGAAUGACGAGUACAAUUAAUUAAGGAUUAACGUGUAAUGGUGUUAAACUUUGCCAAAAUUGUACGAGCGCUAGCUGCUGGGAAGGGUUAUUCCCCCCCCCCCCAACAGGGGGAUUGAGAGUUUAGAACUCAUUAAGCUGUUCCUUAUAAAUAAAUCUCUUGUCUAUCUAUGCAGGGUUGAUAAAAGGAGAGUAUAAAAAGGUACCGCAAGGUUCAUACAGUGGCGACUAUAGGAAUGAAAUCGCAACGCUACCACGUGGUGCAACCAAUGUCAAGAUCACGAACUACAAUACCAACAAAGUCCAACUCCGUAAGUCAUUACUUUUACACGCCUGUAAAUACAGUAGGAACCCCGCAAACUAGCGGGGAUUCAAGUUAAUGGGGUCAGUAUUGUAUGGAUUGAAUAAUUAAAUUUAUUACUUUAAAUUUAUUAAAUUUGUUAUUACUAUUAUUUAUUUAUUAUUUUCUUAUUAUUAAAAAAAAUCAUUAAUUUUUUAGCGAUUCCCAGCAAGCCUUUCGCGCUCGUAUUCGACUUUUCCGCUUUAGCGCUUUGCUUGGGGACAAUCUUAAUUAAAAUAGCAGUAUAUAACAUCAUAUUCCAACUGUCUGCAUUUACAGUCUAAAUCGUUCUUACCAUUUUUGGCUUUAGUUUGAAUAGCUUUGACUGAAUAAGUGCCUCAAAUAUUAACCAGCUUCGCAAAAGCAAUGUUGGCUAUUAGCGAAGCUCGGAACCAAUGUUUGAAGUGUGAAGUGUGAAGUCUGAAGCGCAGAAUAAAGAUCCAUACAGAAGGGCCACUUACGUUGGAAGCUUGAAAGCUGCUGUCCCCGCGCAUGUCGCAUUACGCAUGCUGGGCGACACGUUACAUGCACCGCUGAGUGGCCCUUCUGUUACUGAUCUUUAUACUCAGUGUCUGAAGUCCGAAGUCUGACGUCCCUUCACGGCUUCGGUACAUAUAAGCAAAACUUACUGAACUUCAGAUAUGAUUUUCUCUUUGGCGUAUAUCAUCUAAAAUCUCUUUAUUUUAGCAUUAUUUUACAGAUAAAGCACUAAACAUACUUUAUAAGUUUGUUUGCCGAUUGAGAAACGUAUCGAAAACUAAAAAUUUUGAAUUAUAGUCAUAACCUCAAGUGAUAUAUUAUACGCGCAUUAGUUUUGAGCGCGUGUUACACAUACAAAAAAAUCUCCUCUUAAUAAGUAUAGUCGUUUUGUUAUUUAUCACAAUUGUGAGCCAUUACGGUGCACCCUUAAUAAGGAACUUACAAAGUUUGUUUUAGUGUACUAUACUGUUCCCUAAGUUUCCCUAUUACAGUAUUUAACAGUACAGUUGAAGGGCUUGGUAGAUGGAAAUUAUCCAGUGGAUGAUCUAUAUACAAUACAUUUAUUAGAUUUAACCAGGAACAGCUGCCGGAAAUUCAUGUAUAUACCAGGGUACUGCCGUGCUAAUUAGGUACCGAUAAAUAUCAAGUGUAUAUAUAGAAUUUCCAUGACUUGAUAAUUACCAUCUACCAACUUUUUAUUAAACAUUUACGGCGUUCCAUUUAUCCAAUUUUGGUUUCAAAUUAAGUUCACAGCUUAUAUGUACUAGAUAAGAAAACACUUAUUUUCUGAGACCUCGGAAAAGCCGAAAGCAGUGUGUUUUGUGACCCCUCGACCGCCGUUGUUGCCCUCGGCUUCGCCUCUGUUAUGAUCGGGCAACAACGGCUGUCUCAUGAUCGGGUCCACAAAACACACUGUUCCCCUCGGUCUCAGUAAAUAAGUGAUAAAUAGAAUUUCCACUAAAUCAUUACCAUCUACCAAAAUCUCCAGCUAUAUUAUUUAAACGAGUGAGAUGGGCACAACUUGUUGUCGACUUGUAUUACGUUUGUGUAUUUCUAUAGUCGUUGGUAUAAAAGGCUCACACUCGGCCAGCGCUCCGUAUUAUUGGACGAGGGUGGAUGGAGACCUGAACAGGCAAUAUACCAUUUAUGGCAUCACCCUUAACUACAAAAGAUCCGGCACUCAAUCGUACGUCACAAUUGAAGGUAAAAACUCCUUUUAAUUCUAAAACUAAACUGAUUGUAUUUAUACUGCAUGGAUAUUUGUAUCAGCUCUAAACUGUUAUUAGCAGUAGUGAUCCAGUGAGGGCGUCCCUUAUUAGUUAGCCUGCUCGCAGACGUUAUUCUUACGCCAUUAAGCGACGGGAAUCGUCGCUUGCAUGGCUACUUAUUUACUUGCUUACUAAAGGAUGAAAUUUAUAAAGUUAAUCGUAUAGACAUCUACUAAGGAACUUCCCAACAAUAUAAUACAGGACGAAUUCUGAUACAACCUCCCCAGAGGAAAUCUGUGGUAUUAUAAUCUGGUACAUAACGUCAAACUAGAAGCACUCUUCUCACGUGCGAGUGACGUGAAAUAUUAGAGAGGUUCACAUUCGACUUCCACUACCGUUACCUCUCACUUAGUACGCAUCUGAUUGGUUGAUCGGAUAUAUUUAUUUAUUUAUUAACUUUGCCAGAUUUAAACAACGUUAACACAAAAAAACUGGCAGGGCAAUCGCAACAGCUUGCGCCAAUUACUGCGAUCCCUAAAUGUUAGACAAAUACACUAUAUACGCGAACAUAGAAAGAAUCAUACAAUUACUAACGAACUAUCAGAUGCAACUUUUCACAUUGCGACCCGCAGAACCACUUCCAUUUUUGGAAGCUGACUGAGUCAGAAGACGUUUGAAACCCUCACAAUCCUAAACCUUCAGCAAAACCCUGAACAGGCCCCAUAUAGAUACCAAUGUGAAAAGGUACUUCUGAAAAUUAAAUCUAAAAACAACACGUAUCAAAGGCACAUAUAUCACUCGCAUAUGAUUGGCUAAUAUUCCCUUUAAAUGGUAUAAACGGUACUCUGAAGAUGCCGAUGGAAAGUCAGUUUGUGUUAAGUGUGGCUCAGCCCGUAAUCUUCUGUCUCUUCCUAUCUGCUGUUUUUAAUGUCUGUAUGUAUAUGUCUUAAUGUUGUCAAUGUCUGUAUACAUGUUUGUAUGUUUUGUUGGUAAUUGUAAUCGUUAAUAUUGCGUGUUAGGCUAGUUGAUAGUAAACUUAAUGUAUCAUAAUGGUCCGCAGUAAAUGGUCAUAGUUGUUGCGGUUUCCAAGCUUGUUGAGGCAAAGUGUAAUCAGACAACUGUAUAUUCCAGAAACUGUAUCCCAAUUACAUUUUUAGGUCCAGUUAAUCCAGUAAAAGACGGCAGUACUAAAUUCAAUAUAGUCGUUUCGGCCAAGGAAGGCAAACUGGGUUCCUAUGGAGUUGCCAAUAUUGAAUUUUCGUACACAGCUCACAAAGAAGAAACAUCAACUAAAUAUGAUGCACAGUAAGUUAUACAUGUCUGCACAAAUUAGUCUCAUUGUCGAUUUUUCUUACUGCUGUUGGUUUUUGUUCAGUGGUGGUACAUUAAUUGUUGUUCAUGUUACUGCUGUUGUUGUUGCUGUCGUUGUCGUUGUCGUUGUCGUUGUCGUUGUCGUUGUCGUUGUCGUUGUUGUUGUUGUUGUUGUUGUUGUUGUUGUUGUUGCUGUUGCUGUUGCUGUUGCUGUUGUUGUUGUUGUUGUUGUUGUUGUUGUUGUUGUUGUUGUUGUUGUUGUCGUUGUCGUUGUCGUUGUCGUCGUUGUUGUUGUUGUUGUUGUUAUCGUUAGCGUCGUCCCUGCUGUGUUGUUAUUACUUUUGUUGUUACUAAUUGUUGUCGUUGUCGUUGUUGUUGUCGUUGUUGCCGUUGUUGUCGUCGUCGUCGUUGUCGUCGUCAACGUUGUCAUUGUUGUCACUGUCGUUGCUGCUGCUUUGUUGUUGUUGUUGUUGUUGCUGUUGCUGUUGCUGUUGCUGCUGCUGGUGUUGCUAAUUGUUGUCCCUGUUGUGGUGGUUACUGUUGUUAAUAUUGUUUUCGUUUUGAUGUAGUGCGGUGAGCUUCCGAAGCUUCGCGAACCAGGGGAAGUAUUUUAGGUCGGCCGCUGCUGUUAUAUAUUUUCAUUUUGUUUACAGAAUCCAAAGUUAUGAUGUGAAUGCGUGGAAACAACAACAGGUGAAAUUGAAGGCACAAGAUGGUACGCACUUAAGUGGACAAGGACAUUUUUAAUUUAACCCAUUGAGUGGCAGCACUCUCCCCCUGACGAGUAAAAUCGUCUGGCGUUAAACAGAGUAAAAUGAUAAAGUGAGGAGAUAAUAGGAUAAAAUAACAGCUUUAGUGCUAGACCAUUAAUUAAGUUAGUUCAGUAAUUUAGUUGCGGUAUAGCUCACUUAUCGAAGAAUUCCUGACAUCUCCAAAGAAUGACGAGUACAAUUAAUUAAGGAUUAACGUGUAAUGGUGGUAAAGUUUGCCAAAAUUGCACGAGCACUAGCUGCUGGGAAGAGUCAUUCUCCCCCCCCCCCCUCACCCCAAUAGGGGGAUUGAGAGUUUAGAACUGAUUGAACUGUUCCUUAUAAAUAAAUCUCUUGUCUAUCUAUGCAGGGUUGAUAAAAGGAGAGUAUAAAAAGGUACCGCAAGGUUCAUACAGUGGCGACUAUAGGAAUGAAAUCGCAACGCUACCACGUGGUGCAACCAAUAUCAAGAUCACGAACUACAAUACCAACAAAGUCCAAAUCCGUAAGUCAUUAGUUUUACACGCCUGCAAAUACAGUAGGAACCCCGCAAAUUGAAAUUUUCCACGUGAAGCGAACAAUUGUUCAAGUUAAGGGGGAUUCAAGUUAGGGGGGAUUCAAGUUAAUGAGGUCAGUAUUGCCGUAUUGGAUUGAAUAAUUUUAAAUAAGUAUGAUCGUUUUAUUAUUUAUCACAAUUGUGAGUCAAUACGGUGCACUCUUAAUAAAGAACUUACAAAUUUUGUAUUAGUAUACUACUGUUACCUAAGUUUCCCUAACACAGUGUUUAACAGCACAGUUUGAGGGCUUGGUACAUUUAUUAGAUCUAUAACCAUGUACCCUGCAGCUGCCGAAAAUGCAUGUAAAUAUACCAGGGUACUGCCGUGCUAAGGUAUGGAUAAAUAACAAUUGAUAAUCACCAAUCACCAUCUAACAACCCCCUCCCCCCCCUCCAAUACUAUUAUUCAAACGAAUGAGAUGCUUACAAAAUCUUGAUAUUUAUCCAUACCUAGCACGGCAGUACUCUAGUAUAUAUGCAAAAACUUGUGGUUGGAGCUCGACAACUCGACAAAUGUAUACAUUUAUUAGAUCUAACCAGGAACAGCUGCCGAAAUGCAACUAUAGGUCUCUAUAGCUCAGUUGGUUCGAGCGCUGCACCGGAAUCGCAGGGACCUAUAGUUGAACUUGUGGUCAGAGCUCGACAAACUGUCUCUCUGUAGCUGAUUUGGUUAGAGCGCUGCACCGGAAUCGCAGGGUCGCAGAUUCGAUUCCUGCCAGAAGACCUAUAAUCGCAGUUUUCGCAACUGUUUCUGAUUAGAUCUAAGAAAUGUAUAUAGAAAUUCCACUUAAUAAUUUCCAUUCACCCAACUCUCCAAUUAUAUUCAGUAUUUAAACGAGUGAGAUGGGCAUAACUUGUUAUCGACUUGUAUAAUUACGUUUGUGUAUUUCUAUAGUCGUUGGUAUAAAAGGCUCACACUCGGCCAGCGCUCCGUAUUAUUGGACGAGGGUGGAUGGAGACCUGAACAGGCAAUAUACCAUUUAUGGCAUCACCCUUAACUACAAAAGAUCCGGCACUCAAUCGCACGUCACAAUUGAAGGUAAAAACCCCUUUUAAUUCUAAAACUAAACUGAUUGCAUUUAUACAGCAUGGAUAUCUGUAUCAGCUAUAAACUGUUAUUAGCAGUAUUGAUCCAGUGAGGUCGUCCUUUAUUAGUUAGCCUUCUACCAUUCGACUUUUACCACCGCUACCUCUCAUUGGCUUAGUAUACGCAUGUGAUUGGUUGAUCGGAUAUAUCAAACACAUCUGAUUGGUUGAUCGGAUAUAUCAAACGCAUCUGAUUGGCUAAUAUAUAGUCCCUUUAAUGUGGCGGUAAACGGUACUCUGAAGAUGCACGGACAUGCAUGGAAAGUCAGUUUGUGUUAAGUGUAGUCCAGCCGUAAUCUUCUGUCUCUUCCUAUAUAUGUGCUGUUUUUAAUGUUUGUAUGUCUUAAUGUUGUCAAUGUCUGUAUAUAUGUUUGUAUGUUUUGUUGGUAAUUGUAAUCGUUAAUAUUGCAUGUUAGUUGAUAUUAAACUUAAUGUAUCAUAUAUAAUGGUCCGCAGUAAAUGGCCCCGUAACUGUUGCGGUUUCCAAGCCUAUUGAGGCAAAGUGUAAUCAUUCAGACAGCUGCAUGCAUAUUCUAGAAACUGAUCGAAUGCCAAUUACAGAGAUGAACGGCACAUGUAAAUCAGGCAUGCAUCUAAUUGCCAUUCUGAUGUAUUUUUAGGUCCAGUUAAUCCAAUAAAAGACGGCAGUACUAAAUUCAAUAUAGUCGUUUCGGCCAAGGAAGGCAAACUGGGUUCCUAUGGAGUUGCCAAUAUUGAAUUUUCGUAUGUAGCUCACAAGUCAGCGGACGCCUCACCAUACUUGUAAUCUACUUCACGAAGUUAGCAAAUAAAAAGAUAGUGUUAUCACUAAAUUACUCUCAAAAUGUCAUUUUUCGUUCCUCCGUGUUGUUGUUUGAACAGGACAACGAAGUAUAUAUGCGCUUGACUGAAUUUUUGCCCACAUUAUCUUGCAUAUACUGAGUUUUAGAAUAACUGGUAGUUGCUCUCAGUGCUUGCUGAAUGAUUGACGAUUGUGUCUUUCCGUUAUAUAUAGAUUCAUGUGUCGCUGUUUAUGAAUACGUACUGUCCCUGACCCAGACAAAACAGCGCCGGAGACAUGAAACCAUAUCCAGUACGUCUUUGCAUGGUCUUCUGCCUUCGUCAGAACGAAGUUCACGACGAAUUUUGCCAAAAUAUAGUUUCAUGCCCCCACAGACUCAUUGUUACAACUUUACAAUUAUAAUCGGAUUGUAUAAACGUGUUUCUGAGUAUAUUGAAGUCAUGGACGAAUCCCACUGAUCUAAUAGAAGACUCAGUGUGGCGAAUCCAUGCAGGGGAAAUAAGUUUACGUUGUUGCAUAUAAAGAGUGUUAAAAUUCUUGCAUUCGUUGUCAACGUACAUUCAAAUCAUGUCCCCAUUUUCAUUUUGGGCUCCUGCAUGAACAAAGAUUUAAGUAUACUCCCACAUUCUCUAUAAGCAAUAUAACUAAUGAUUCAACCUUGGAUAAAAUCACGAAACACAUCAAUUUCAAAGUUUCUAUGACACCUAACAAUUGACUGAAAUGGUUUUGCGAACGUCGAACACAAAUUCCGACACGAAAAAUUACAAAACAGUGGCAGAAUGAAUGAGCUGUCCGAUUGGAGGCAUGUUAAAUAUUCCAGCGGAUAUAUGCGCUAGUUUUCGGUAAAAUACUGCAACUUUAUGAAGAAAGCACCAAAUUUUGCGUGCACAGUUUGAUGCGACAAAAAGAUUUAGAUAUAGAGGCAUCUCAAUUUAGUUAUUGUUGUUAAACCGGUUGUGGAUGUUUGUUCGUGUGUAUAACUUCAGGAAACAUACAGGUUACUUAGGUUGAUCAAAAUCUAUAAUAUCGAAGUUUGAAUAAGUAUUAGCUCAAUGCAGUAAAGGUAUUAUUUUAGUCAAAAAUAAUAGUUCCAUCAUGCAUGCAUAUAUAACUUCAACAAGGCAACUAUAGCCCGAUAACUCACUAUUUUCUAUUCCCUGUUUGAAAGUAGCAGGUUUUACCGGCUAUAAUAUACACAAUUAUCGAACACAAAUGUUGACCAAAAAAAUACUGAAUCUUAAUACUGAAAUCUCUAAUUAAAGCUUUUACUAAAUUUUACUAAAACAAUUUUUACUAAAAAAAUUAAUUUUAUUAGUAAAGAUUUUCAAAACUAUAUUGAUGAAAUUAUUAGCAAAUUUGGUUUUACUGAGCGCGAGCUCGCGUGGUAUGGAGUAUUUAAAUCAGUGGCGUAUUACCUCUUUGGGCGCCGCCCGGCUGAAGCCAGGGGCCCAACUCAUUUGGGGGGGGGGGUGUGAACAAGGAUGACAAAGUGCGGGCGAAGUUGAUGUGUUUCAGCAAAUUUUGCAUCGUUUUGACGUAUAGCUCCACCUCCCGGGGCCCUAUUCCAGACAUUCCAGUUAAAGCCGCGGCCCUUUAGCACAAAGUUGUUUAAUUGGUUUAAGUUGUUCAUAUAAAGAGUAUGAAUAUAUGCUUGCAUUCGUAGUCAACGUUCAAAUCAUGUCCCCAUUUUAAACUUCUGGCCAAAACUAUAAGCAUUUCCGCAGAGAACAUUCUCUAAGCAAUAUAACUAAUGAUACAACCUUGAAUCAGUAAAUGCACGAAACACAUCAUUUUUUAAAGUUUCUAUGACAAUUAACAAUUGACUGAAGUGGUUCUGCGCGCGUUGAAGAUCCCCAAUUCCGACACAAAAAAUUACAGUGAGUCCGAUGGAAGCCGCGGCAUAUUAGAUAUCUGCAGUAUCUCGAAUGAAAGCAAAUAUAUCCAAUGGUGGGUUGACUACAAAAUUUUUGUAGUUCGCUAUAACUACAGCUACUUCAAAAAUAUGUAGUCAGCUACAACUACUGCUACUUUUGAACAAAGGUAUAGUUCGCUUCUGACUACACCUAUACUGCUUAAAAAAUGUAGCGAACUAUUUCGCUAUUUCGCUACGCUAUAUUUUUUAGCUUUACUGUAUUUGGAGCAUCUACUAACUCAGGCUGAAAUGUAACCUAUAACAAAUCGACUUACGAGUAGCAACAGUAAACACAAAGCAACAUUUUUGUAAACACUACACUCUACAGUGUUCAAGAGUGCAAUUGACUAUUGAGGAUUGAUUUUAAGUAAACCGUGUCUCAACAAUUUUAAAAAGUAGCGAAUAGCGAUUUGCUGUUUGAAAAGUAGGCAACUACUUGGCUACUUUUAGGCAAAAUGUAGUUCGCUAUAACAACAGCUACUGUUUUAAUACAGUAGUCAAAAACUACUGGCUACUUGAAAAUUGUAGUUCGCUACAGUAGCGAACUACAACUACUUCGCUACUACCCACCCUUGAAUAUAUCUAUAUCUGUUUGCACAGCAUAAGCGGGCGUCAUGUGAUUGUAUAUGUAGCCCAGGCCGUGGCGUGGGUGUUUUUUCGUACGGUAAUUUUGGAGAACAUCUACACUUAUUUUGUAAAGUAGUUUAAUUAAUCAAUAUACAGUAGAGAUUGAAAACAAGUAUUAUAGCUUAAUGUGUACGUCAGUUUACCUAAAAAACCCCAAUAGUAUGAAUUAUCGAAAAGGCAACUACACGCAUACAAAUCUCACAUCUUGUUGUUUGCAUUGUUGUCCCAAGUUGUCAACAAGAUUGGAACAAACUGUUUUAAAAUAACUUGUAACAACCUUAUUGAUAUUAUUAGACUUGUUUAAAGGUUGUUCCAACAAGUCCGAUACAAUUAUGAUAUAACAAUAUUGUUACAACCUUGUGCCGUCAACCUUGUAACACCUUGUUAUAUCGUGAUGUAUCAGACUUGUUAGAACAACCUUGUAACAAGUUUGAUAAUGCCACCAGGCUUGUUACAAGUUGUUAACAGCUUGUUCCAAACUUGUUACAACAACUGGGAACAAGCAGUGCGAACACAACUUGUUGACAGCUUGUGCAUGAACAAAUUUGUAACAACUUGUUUGCAGACCUGUAACAACUCGUGCGUUUUUACAUCAUGUAUAACAUGUCUCCCGUAGGUUGACAAAAUAGCCGGUUAGCCUGAAAACCCACAAAUUACUGAAUUAUUAAUUAAAAACUAAAAUUCACCAGAAUUUUGCCAAAACAUUUUAUUACUAAACAUUUUCAAAAACUGACGAAAUUUUACCAAAAGUAAAAUAUUUAGUUUACAAACUUAAGCGAGGAGUUGAUGAGAGUUCGCAGUCACGCAUUGUUACAGGGAGAUUUCAAGCUCUAGAUUAACAAAAUAAAGGUUAAUUUGAUGAGUGUUCCAACUAUGUUUUAACUUCAAUAGAAUACAUGAUAGUGUUGGGAAAGCAUUAAGAACAGCUAAUUAAAGUCGCGUGACUGAAUGAUCGUAUUUUUACUGAUCACUAUUUUGAGAGAAGAUCUAUUCCACCCCGUUUUUUGCUAAGAAUAUUUUACAGUGAAGAUACACUUGAUUUAAUUAAUUUUAGUACUCAGAAAAAGCGAUUACGCAAACUCGCAUGAAGAAAAUAUAAAAAUCCUUGUGAAAACUCAAAUCAUGUCCUCAUUUUGAAGUAGCUACACAUAAUCUCCUAUAUGGUCAAAGAACUAAGUGUUUCCGCGUAGAAUAGAUCCCCAAAACACAUGAAAGACCCAGUAUAAUGACUGUUUUCAGAACUGCAUUAAUUAGCUGUACCAUUUGCUAUAUAAACCGCAGUUGGGUCUUGGUAGGAUAUUCAAUAUAAGUCAUUCACAGCUUUGGAAAUCUACUGGAAUAUUAAGACAUUUUUGAAGUAUCAGGUAUGGCAUUUUAUUAUACAUUCAUUUCUUAAUUGCGUUUAAGGUCUGCUAACGUUCAGAAAAAAAGGGCCACCGGCCAUGCACGAUCGAAGGAGUUUUUCAAAAACGAGGCAAUUUGAAGUCUUUGGAAGUCUUUCCAAAUUGCACGAGAAACCUGAUACUAUUACUUAAUAUAUGUUAGUACAAUUGAAAAAGUUAUAUCAUGCAGAAGUAAAAUUCAUACAGUGAUUUCGAUUUUAUUUGAACGCUUGGCAAAAAAUUUGGCACUGAAUUACAUUUUUGCUCCUAAGGCUGGUUUAAAGUUUCUGUGAUCACAGUAGUAAUUUUCCAUCGGUAAAUUCUAAGUUUGAAGGAUUUGUAAGAAAAGUUGAAAGGAACUGAGAGACACUUCUCGUUUGACUUUAUACUCAUGACUUAGUUUAUUAAAUAAGAUAUAUUUAUAGCUGCUUAAAAAUGUUACUAAAUUUUUUUCAGAGAAAUCAAUAUGAUUGGAUACAUUCUGUUCGCCAUUUUCGUUGUUGCUGCAAACGCAAACAAUGCCAAGUAAGUUGUAGACGAAGAGCGAAGUAGCUCUAGUCGGUAAACAAUAAAAGAGUUGGUGAGAGUUGAGAAGCGAGAGAAUUUUCUCCGCGUUGCUGCAAUGCCCCGUCAAACGAAAACAAGAGUUUCAUGAGAGUUGAUGAUGUGAUCUUACGCAUGCAGCGAAAGCUUAUUACGCAGCGAAAUACCUCAGCUGUCAAACGAGUUGCACGAGUGUUUUCUCAACUCUCAAACGAGAACAAGAGUUGCAUGAGAGUCACUGACUUGCCGACUGACUGAUCAAAAGUCUUGUCACAACUCUCAUCAAAAUUAUAAGCUCCGCAUUCAACCCGUCUUCUCGUACGAAAAUUUCAUGAUUUCACAUAUGUUAAAAUGCUUUUUCACAUGCAUGUGAAGUGUUGCAAUUCGACAUACGCCAAAUAAUUAUAAUUUCACAUGUGAAUUAAUUUUUACCUAUGAUCCUUAAUUUCACAUGUGAAAGAGUAUGUAAAAUUUCACAUGUGUGAAAGUUUUAGAACUUUCACUUACGAAACAAGCAUUUAUGCGUGUGAUGUUCCAAUUCCACCUAAAAUUCACAUGUGAAAUGAUAUGUGAAUUUUCCAUAUGUGAUAUGUUGUGGUUUGAGAUCGGGCUGCAGGCGCUAUAAACAAUGUCUCUUUUUGUAUCCAGAUUAUCAGGUUGGAAUAACGCAGCGUAUCAAAGACAACAAGACGCUUUAAAUGCACAAUCAGGUGAAUAUUUUAAAACAGUCAUCCUAUAGAUAGAAGCAUGGUCUAUUGAUAUCAGUUUACCUGGUCUUUUUAUCAAAUAAAAUAGUGCAUGGGUAUAACAUAUCACCAUUAUUCACAAGUUGACGUUUUACUGAAUAGUAAUGUUGCUAUUUUUCUGCAACCCAUUGAGUGCCAGCCACUGAUCUAUUAGAUCAGUGGUGCCAGCUCUCUCUCUCUUGGCGAGAAAACUCGUCUGGCGCUAGACAGAGUAAAAUGAUAAAGUAUAGGGCGAAUUGCAUGGGGCACAAUGCAACUUAAUGGGUUAAACAUCCUGCACGUUUUAGCCAUUAAUUUUUAAUCAGCCAUUUUGCGCCUCAUAAUUCAGAUUAAGUACAUAGCAAUUAGCAAGUGUCAAAAUUUGAAUUCUUUAUAUCUUUAUAAGUAUCUCUCUUUGUGGGUUUUUUUUUACUAAAAACAGCUCGUCCUGGGGACAAAGUAAUUUUUUAUUGCCAAUUAAUGUCCUUUAAAUAGAAAACUUUUUUUUACCCAAUUAUUAUUUUUUAAUUCAAACCGUCAAAGAGCAGUCCCUAAAUGUGUCCUCUAUAUUUAUACAGGGACAAUUCAAGGACAAUACAAUGAGAUCCCUACUGAUACCUAUGUCAGCCAUUGGACCAAUGAAGUUCUCGCCAUAGCUCGUGGCGCAACUCAGAUAACAAUCACUAACCAUAAUGUGAACAAUGUCAAAAUUGGUAAGUCAAUGAAACUGCUCCAUUUACCUUUCUAGAACAUUUGGAACACUGUUCUGGAACGAUAUGAAAUGGAGUACACACGCGGUGUUCUGGAACAGUGUUUAGUUUAUUUUUUGUGCGUGCAACCAUGCAUUACUAUAUCAAGAAUUAGUUAUUCGCAUAAUAAAUCGUAUAAUAAUUUGCUGGAGAAUCGUAUAAUAAUGUACUGUUUAAUAAACGAGCAGGAGUGUUUUAUUAGGUUUAAAGACACGAGCGCGCAGCGCGAGUGGCUUUAGACCUAAUAAAACACGACCUGCGAGUUUAUUAAACGGCUUCAAACACGAAUACAAAGCCUUAUUAGUAUUCUUUAUAUAAAAAAUACUAAUGAGGACACGACAACAAUAGAUACUGCCUUAUUAGUAUUCUUUAUAUAAAGAAUACUAAUUAGGAGUGUUUUAUCAGGUUUAAAGCCACUGCACGUGACAUAUUAUGGUUGACAUGAUUUGCCAAUAAGCUUAUGAAUUAGUAAUGAGUGUUUGAAAUCUAAUUAAAAAAUUCAUUAGUAAUUCACGAGGAAAAUACAAAAGAAUUUAAUCAAUGUUUGUAAAUCGGAUAAAGAGUUGUCCUGAUUUACAUAAACUUCAGCUUUGAUUUUCUCGGCUUAGACAAUGUUUAUUUUUAAAAUUACUUCGCCAAUGAACUCAUAAGAUGGGUCGUAUUUUAAGCACAUUUCUAAAACAUUCGCAUCCGAUCUUUAUCAGGGGCCGGUUAUACGAAGGCCGGAUAGCGCUAUCCACCGGAUAGUGAUUUUUUCAACCUUUGUUAAAGUGCUUGAAAAACUGUAAAACUACGGAUAUAGAGGACACAAGAAGUAUGGCAUAGUAUAUAUAUCUCGCCUUCUGCUCGAGUUUGUAUAUCAUAUAAAGAUCGGCUGCUCAUGUUUUAACUAUAGUAUUAGUACGUAUAUACUUCUGCACCCACUCGCCUCGGCAGCUCGUGAGCAGUGGCGUAACUACUAUGGGCUCAGACCGGGAGAACCCGGGGGCCCCCCAACCCCAAUGGGCCAAAUGGGGCCCCCAGGCUCAGGCUAUAGAGCAAAAGCAUUAGCCAGGGCCUUUGAUAUAUUACAAUUUCGUUUUCUGACCAUCAGAAUUCUGUAAAAUCUCUCCCCAAAGUCCGGGAAAUGGUAUUUCAGAGAAUCUAGAUUCAAAAAUUUUCCGGGUGAGCAUGCUCUGGACCCCCUAGAAAACUUGUGCAUAUAUGGCGCUUGACUUGUGCCUUUGGCACUUCUACUAGGGGGGCCUUCGAAAGUUUUGAACCGGGGGCCCCCUGAUAUGACGUUACGCCACUGCUCGUGAGCCACUUUUUGACGUCAUACUGUGUAUCUAUAACUAAACAGACAAUGGUAAAAUCUUAUCUACUUGUUAAACAAUAAACGAAAUCUAACACCGACUCCGUUUACUCGCCUCCUCGCGCGGCUAACUCGAACAAUUUUUCGAAUCAAUUCUCCACUUCUCUUGGGAGUUCGAGUUAGAAAGUUUCUACGUUGUAAAAAAAACUAAACUAACUCAAAUAUUUAUAGCUGUUGGUUACAAAGGAGCAAAUAGUGGAUCUCUUAGUCAUCCAUGGUGGACUAAAAGUGGUGAUUUGGUGGAAUAUUUUUCUGAGGGAGGAGUGCAAUGUGUAUACCAGAGGACUGGUCAAGUAGCAACCGUCCUCAUUUCAGGUACGUUGUACACACACGCGAAAAUCUCACAUCUUAUCUGCCAUGCAACAUACCGAGGCGGUUGGCUCAGCAAGUUAAUUUCCAGGAUUUUCCCUGGUUUACUGCGUGGGCCAUCCCGGCUGAUAUGAGCAGGCCCUUAUUUCAAUUUGUUCAUUUUAUAGGCCCAGCCAACCCUGUUGUUGGAGGAAAUCAGAACCUGAAUCUCAUAGUUGGAGCAUUACGUACCAGUAGCAACUCUGGGCCAGGUCAUAUCACUUGGACAUACACAGCUAACUAAUUAGAUAGUUGAUAAUUACUCCAAAACAUGUCAUAAUACAUUUUGAAAAAUACUUGAUUAAAAUACAACGCAUUAAUUUUUGUGUCCAGUGUAUUACUCGUGUUUACGUACAUUGUCGUACAAUAUUAGUUAAAGAAAAGGACAAAACUAAAAAAUAUCAUUCCAUAUUCUAAUGUGAAACGGGCAACAGCAGAGUUAGCAAUAUCCAUGGACCGUACAAGCGGGGAAGGGGGGCUCAUGGGGGCUUCACUUUUUGAAAGGUGAAACAUAGUUUCGAACUUCUACAGUGUCGCCGCUUUAAGCGUGCGUACGUGAUUUUCAAAGCGAAUUAACCCUCAAUGGAAAUUAUCGAUUCUAAUAAAUGUAUAGGUAUUUAAUUUUCCAUUCGAUAAUUUCCAUGUACAAGAACCUUCAACUAUUAUUGAAUCGAGUGAGAUGCCAACCGAUUGAUCUCGAUGUAUACACAUGGUUGCUGUAUAACUUCAACCUCGUUUGAUAUAGGCUUUGAAACAGUGCUUUGUAUUUGUUGAAUAGAUAACAUAUAAUCGGUGCGUGCGCACAUGAACGUAGGCUACCUCACGACAGGAAAGCAGCCACAACGGAACCCUAUAAAAUCGUGAGACUUCGCAUGUUGCUGACGACAAUUGCUGGCAACUGUGAGUCUGUGACGCUAUAUACACACGUAAAAACGAAAAAGUUAUUACAGGUCUGCAAACAAGUUGUUACAAGUUGCCACAAGCUGUCGACAAGUUGUGUUCGCACUGCUUGUUCCCAGUUGUUGUAAGAAGUUUGGAACAAGCUGUUAACAACUUGUAACAAGCUUGAUGCCAUUGGCCUAUUAUCAGACUUAUUACAUUGUUAUGUUAUUACUUAUUACAUGCCAUUGGCCUAUUAUCAGACUUAUUAUUCCGUAUUAUUGGACGAGGGUGGAUGGGGACCUGAACAGGCAAUAUACCAUUUAUGGCAUCACCCUUAACUACAAAAGAUCCGGCACUCAAUCGCACGUCACAAUUGAAGGUAAAAACCUCUUUUAAUUCUAAAACUAAACUGAUUGCAUUUAUACAGCAUGGAUAUCUGUAUCAGCUAUAAACUGUUAUUAGCAGUAUUGAUCCAGUGAGGUCGUCCUUUAUUAGUUAGCCUUCUACCAUUCGACUUUUACCACCGCUACCUCUCAUUGGCUUAGUAUAUGCAUGUGAUUGGUUGAUCGGAUAUAUCAAACACAUCUGAUUGGUUGAUCGGAUAUAUCAAACGCAUCUGAUUGGCUAAUAGUCCCUUUAAUGGUAGCGGUAAACGGCACUCUGAAGAUGCACGGACAUAGAAAGUCAGUUUGUGUUAAGUGUGGCUCAGCCCGUAAUCUUCUGUCUCUUCCUAUGUGCUGUUUUUAAUGUUUGUAUGUCUUAAUGUUGUCAAUGUCUGUAUAUAUGUUUGUAUGUUUUGUUGUUAAUUGUAAUCGUUAAUAUUGCAUGUUAGUUGAUAUUAAACUUAAUGUAUCAUAAUGGUCCGCAGUAAAUGGCCCCGUAACUGUUGCGGUUUCCAAGCCUAUUGAGGCAAAGUGUAAUCAUUCAGACAGCUGCAUAUUCUAGAAACUGAUCGAAUGCCAAUUACAGAGAUGAACGGCACAUGUAAAUCAGGCAUGCAUCUAAUUGCCAUUCUGAUGUAUUUUUAGGUCCAGUUAAUCCAGUAAAAGACGGCAGUACUAAAUUCAAUAUAGUCGUUUCGGCCAAGGAAGGCAAACUGGGUUCCUAUGGAGUUGCCAAUAUUGAAUUUUCGUAUGUAGCUCACAAGUCAGCGGACGCCUCACCAAAAUUGUAAUCUACUUGAUGAAGUUAGCGAAUAAAAAGAUAGUGUUAUCACUAAAUUAC